UGGGAUUUGGCACCGAGUCAAUAAAGGAUUGACCCAAGGAUUUAGAGGACAAAAAAAAACUGGGAUCUGAGGAUCACUCGCCUUCCUUUCCCUUUACAAAGCCCCCAGUUACUUGGAGUCGGACAGGGACAGGACAGGGACAGGACAGGACAGGGACAGGGACAGGGACAGGACAGGACAGGGACAGGACAGGGUGUGGAUUCCACCAUGUGGGGAUUUUCACGCACCGUCUACAGGGGACUGAGAUACCUGAGCCCCAAUAGUGGUCACCAGAUCACACUGCGAGCCAAGGUCUGGUCCAAACCCCCAGAGCACAGCCUCUCGAUGAUGGACCUCACCAUUGCGUUCUUUGUGCUGAACAUUGCAAUGCUGGUGCCCAGCGGCUGGGUGCUCACUAACAUGGAGAAUUACAAGCACCGACCCGGCUCCAAGUGAGGCUUCCUUUAAAGCCCACCUCAUCUCCUUCUCACUGAUAACGUAAAAGAAACCACAGACGUUCAACCAAAGAGGACUUGUUGCCAGGUUCCUGGAAUGUAGCCAUUAAAAAUAUACAUCAAA